CCGUGACAAGGUGAGGGGCUGAGCUGCAGGGCAGGAGAGCCCCAGGCCUCUGGGCUGUCUCAAAACGGAUGCCUUGGCGGAAACCUUCACCCGGCGAUCUGUGUGUGCCGAACCCUUGAUGUAAUAAAAGUUGUCUAACGGUGGUUGGCUCCUUGAGUGGAUUUCCUUGCUCCAGCUGGUGGACUUUGAACAUGUGUUGCUUUCUUUUCAAUAUACUGAUGAUCUUUUCUUUGUUUCAUAGCAUUGAACAGAUGGGUUGAUUAUUCUUUUCAGAUAUUAAUAAAGCAGCGGAAAGAAGAAAUAUGAAUAAGCCUCCCUCAAGGUCCAGCCCAGCGCGAAGAGAGCCCAUCCCGUACGGUGAGAGAGAUGCGCGGCGCGAUCGCUCUCCUAACCGGGGCAGUCCGCGCAGAGAUGGCAGGAACGGCCGAGACUCCAGGGAUGGACGGGACCUUCGGGUGCGAGAUAUGCGCGGGGCCAGAGAUCACCGAGACCCCAGAGACCUGAGGGAUCCCCGUGAUAUGCGAGAUCCCCGAGACCCUCUCUACGACCGCUACAGGGAGCCAAGAGAACCUCCGUACAGGCGAGAAGAGGCCUAUGACCGCUACACGCGCCCCGACGAAUGCUACCGAAGGCGGGAGGAGCCGUGCUACGACCGCUACCGUGACCACUUGGACAGGCCCCCCUCGAGCACAGAAGAGCGCAUGAAGCGGGAGGAGCGACGUCGGGAGGAGCUCUAUCGACAGUUCUUCGAGGACAUCAAGAAGCGCAUCGAUGCCGAGCGGCCCGUGGAUUGCUCAGUGAUUGUGGUCAACAAGCAGACCAAGGAUUACGCCGAGUCGGUGGGGCGUAAGGUGCGUGACCUUGGCAUGAUGGUGGAUCUGAUCUUUCUCAACUCAGAGAUGUCUUUGCAGCAAGCCCUGGAUGAUGUGAGCCAAGGGGGCUCUGCCUUUGCCAUCGUCAUCACCCCACAGCACCAGGUCCAUCACUCCUGCACAGUCAACAUCAUGUUUGGCACCCCCCAAGAACAUCGAAAUAUGCCCCAGGCCGACGCCAUGGUGCUGGUGGCCAAGAACUACGAGCGCUAUAAGUCCGAGGUCCGGGAGAAGGAGCGGGAAGAGAUUGCCAGGCGGGCAGCCAAGAUGGCCGACGAAACCAUCCUGCAGGAGCGAGAACGUCCCCCGCCUGCCGAGGAGGGUCUCCGGGGGGGCCACCCUCCGGCCAUGCAGGCCCUUCUGAACCUGCUGGCAGACAACCGCUACCUGACCGCGGAGGAGACGGACAAGAUCAUCAACUACCUGAGGGAGCGCAAGGAGCGCCAGCUGCGCGCCAGUGCCGACUCCCUUCCCGCCUCGCUUCCCAGGCAGACCAUGGGAGCCCCUUCAGGGUCCUCGGGGCCGAGUUCCCAGGGACACCAAAGCAGUCAGCCUCUGCCAGCCUCGGCCGCAGCCACGGGCGCCUCCAAUCCUCAGCAGGAGUUGCAGGCAAAGAUCCUCAGCCUCUUCAACAGCGGGGCGGCCUCUGCAGCAGUAGCAACUGGGGGCAGUUCCGGAGUGGGGGUAUCUCAGAACCCAGGUUUUGCUCCGGGGCCGAGCACGCCUGGCCGUGCCCCGCAGCUCAGCGUGGCUGGAGUCUCCCAGGCCCAGCAGCGAGUUUCGUCCCAGGCCGCCCAGGUCCCAAACCAUCCGGGUUCCGCCAGGGUCUCCGGUCCCCGGGCUUCAGCUCCACAGCCGUCCCAGCCCCUUUACCAGAGCCGGCCCCCUGCUCCCAGCAACGCAGCCGCCUCACGACCAGCGCCAUCUUUGGGGAUCAACUUCGACAACCCCAGCGUGCAGAAGGCCCUCGACACCCUGAUCCAGAGUGGCCCCGCCCUCUCACACCUGGUGAGCCAGACGGUGGGCCAGGCCCGGGCAGUGCCCCCAGCCCAGCAGAACCUGGGCUCCUACCAGCGGCAUUACUGAUGCCCAGCGGGCCUGCCUGCCCCCGCUGCGGAAUGUUCUGGAUGGUGCAUGUCUCUCCCCUCCCCUCUGGCAGACUUCUGGUCACCUUGGGCUGGCAGAGGCACCAGGGGCUGCCUUGCCUUAGGCAUCCUCUGCUGCUGGAGCCCCCUUUGUCCCCUGCCUCUUGUCUUUUCAUUGAGAAGGGGGGACCAAGAGGCGGGCACGCUCUCCUGAGCAAGGAAGGGCGAUCUGGAGCUGGCGAGGGUCAGUGGGCUUAAGGGCAAGUCCGAAUGUGUGGCUGCCGUGGGAAUAACUUGCUGGUAGCCGGUGUUUGGCCCUGCCAGGCGGGAACGUGGUCCUUCUCCAAGGCGAUAAGAGAGUUUUUCUGGCUUUCCUUUGGCCUGCGACGCUCCCUUUGAUUUAAUGUUGUAAAAUUUGAAGGUUAACUUUUGGGGGACCUCAGAUGUCAGUUUCUUUUCCCACAGAGGAGCCUCUGCUCAGAGGUCCUUAGUGGCGACUGACCCCUGGAGCUGUAGAUGUUCUGUUCUUCAAUGGUUCUGUUAUGUAGAGGCCGCCUCUGUACUGUUAGCAAGAGGACCUAACUUUUUAAUAAAGUAUACAUAUGUACAUAUAUAUAUUAAAAAAAUGUGA